CCAACCAGCCCAGUUUGACAGCUGCUCUUCAUCCCGCUUGGAGGACUGUCAGCAGCAAGAGGAUGGCAUCAGAGCUGGCAAUGAGCAACUCCGACCUGCCCACCAGUCCCCUGGCCAUGGAAUAUGUUAAUGACUUCGAUCUGAUGAAGUUUGAAGUGAAAAAGGAGCCGGUGGAGCCCGAUCGCAACAUCAGCCAGUGCAGCCGCCUUAUCGCCGGGGGAUCCCUGUCUUCCACCCCGAUGAGCACGCCUUGCAGCUCGGUGCCCCCUUCCCCCAGCUUCUCGGCGCCCAGUCCGGGCUCGGGCAGCGAGCAGAAGGCGCACUUGGAGGAUUUCUACUGGAUGUCCGGCUACCAGCAGCAGCUGAAUCCAGAGGCGCUGGGCUUCAGCCCCGAAGACGCGGUAGAGGCGCUGAUCAACAGCAGCCACCAGCUCCAGUCCUUCGACGGCUAUGCCAGAGGGCAGCAGUUCGCCGGCGCGGCCGGGGCGGGGGGCGCCAUGGCCGGCGAGGAGAUGGGCUCCGCCGCGGCGGUGGUGUCGGCGGUCAUCGCCGCCGCCGCCGCCCAGAACGGGGGGGGGCACCACCACCUACACCACCACCACCACCACCACAACAACAGCAGCAGCAGCAGCAGCAACAGCAGCAGCGGCAGCGGCAACCACCACCACCACCAACACCAACACCACCACGCGCCCGGAGUCCAGUCCGGCAACAGCAACUCCGGCGCGAGCCACCCGCACAUGCACCUGGACGACCGCUUUUCGGACGAGCAGCUGGUCACCAUGUCGGUGCGCGAGCUGAACCGGCAGCUGCGGGGGGUCAGCAAGGAAGAGGUGAUCCGGCUGAAGCAGAAGAGGAGGACCCUAAAGAACAGAGGCUACGCGCAGUCCUGUCGGUACAAGCGCGUGCAGCAGCGGCACGUGCUGGAGGGGGAGAAGACGCAGCUCAUACAGCAAGUGGACCACCUCAAGCAGGAGAUCUCCAGGCUGGUCCGGGAGAGAGACGCCUACAAGGAAAAGUACGAGAAGCUGAUCAGCAACGGCUUCCGAGAAAACGGAUCCAGCAGCGACAACAACCCUUCCUCCCCGGAGUUUUUCAUGUGA